AUGUCUACUACUGGAUCAACAUCUGUCAUCACCUCGUCUCUAAAUGCUUCGCUGCCGCUGCUCUGCUGCACCACGCCUUUCACACAUCCAAAGUUCAGUGGGUUCGCUAUCAAAGGCCCGACACAACAAUAUUUCCAUAGGUUUAUGGACCCUCUUUUGAAGAAAGAGGCUACGCCCCUUAAAGCGUACUGCGCACUGGAGGAUUUGCUCCCAGUAAUUUUCCCUUUAUCUCACAUUUUCACAGGUCAAUAUGGGAUAAAAGCCAUGCUAUACAAUAUGCUGGUUUUGUUACAUGAUGCAGGUUAUUACAGCACCAAGGAUAGAUCCUGGACAACAAUGAGUGGCUGUCCAGACUUUACAAAACCUUGGAGUCCAGGUUCGGAGGAUGAGUGUGCGGCAUUCCUUAACAAUAUUGUACUGAAGGUCUACUCUGCAUUACCAAGCACAGAAACUGCCUCCUUGAGAUGGUGGACCGCUGCCAACUCAGUCCGUUCAGUAGAAGAUGGCGGUGGCAGACAGCGUCCUGACCUAGUCUUGAUGAGUGCUAGCUCUGACAACCCCACGAAUGCCAAAGCUCUUCCACCAGCAAAUUGGAGAAGUGUCCACGCACUGGCUGAGCUCAAGGACAGGGAGAAAAACUCAGUGCCCCUCCACGAGCAGAUUUUUCAGCUGAUAGGACGUGCAUCAUUUCCCAGAGCUGCACAAGAUUGCCAGAUGCAUAUCUUAGGCUUUGCUUUACGUGGAGCAUCAUUCACUCUCCUUUACAUAGAUCAAGCUAUGUGCGUUAUAAUGGAGCAGCCCUACCAAUUCAAGGAUGAGGUGUUUAUGGAGCGGGAGCUAAUCAGGAAAUGGCUCAAUCCUGAAUUUGACACCAAGUUCGCCCAUGCAGAUGCAGUGCAUCACAAAUUCACAACAUUUGGCAAGGCUGAUAACCUCCGUAGUUUCCUUGAUGGACAUAUUUCAACCUACUUCAAGUUCAUGAUCCCCUAA